AUGCCAACCUCCCCCACCGACAUAGCCAACCUCUACAACAUUCUCGGCGCCGGCGAGCUCUCACGCCUCGACACUCAUCCUGUAGAGCUCCUGGUGACUCUCCGCACAAUAAGAGAAGCCCUUCCCCAAGCACCCCAGCGGAUUGCUGACGUUGGCGGUGGUCCUGGAAAAUAUGCGUUUGCCCUCGCCGAUCAAAGACAUUUAGUCGAUCUCGUCGACCUUAGUCCCGGGCUAAUCCAGAUCGCUCAAGUUGAGCAAGACAAACGUAACGCUGCUGGGCAGAAAAGUCUUCAAAGCCUUGCAGUUGGAAACGCUCUAGACCCGAAUAUUUUGCGACAUGGUAUCUACGAUGCUGUACUGCUCUUGGGACCCUUAUAUCACUUGGUAGAGGAAUCGGAGCGAGUAAAUGCUGUCGCUAAUGCUGUGCGGCUGGCGAAGCCUAAGGGCGUACUUUUUGUAGCAUUCGUAAGCAUUUCGGCGCAUCUGAGAGAUAUUGCGAUGAGAGAUCCAAGCAGACUCAUUGCAGAGAAGGAGUUCUAUGCCAAAUAUCUUCAAGACGGUCGAUACGAGAAGUUCAAGCCCGGGGUCGGGAACGUCCAUAGCUUUCACACGCAAGUGAGCGAUAUUAGAUCUUUUUUUGCCGACAACUUCGCCGACACGCUAGAGCUCAUGGAAUUACGAUCGCAAGAAGGUAUCCUAGGUGGUAGUCUUGAUAGUGCAUUAUCCAAGUCUCAGCCGCAGGUUGCUCAAGCGUGGGCCGACUUGAUGUACGAGAAGUACUCUACUGGAGAGGAACAUCUGGGAUGUGCGGAUCAUCUAAUUGCAGUUUUGAAGAAGAAAGACUUGUGA